AUGGGUGUAGUAGAGGAAGCUCACAACGUGAAGGUGAUUGGCUCCGGAAAUAAAGGGACGAUCGUUUUAGGUCACGGGUUCGGUACGGACCAGUCAGUAUGGAGACACCUAGUUCCACAUCUGGUCGACGAUUACCGCAUCGUGCUCUACGACAACAUGGGAGCCGGUACGACCAAUCCGGAAUAUUUUGACUUUGAUCGUUACUCAACUCUCGAAGGUUUCGCCUUUGAUUUGAUUGCAAUCUUAGAAGAUCUUCAAAUCGAGUCUUGUAUCUUUGUUGGUCACUCUCUAUCCGCCAUGGUGGGUGUCUUGGCCUCUCUUAACCGACCUGACAUCUUCUCCAAAAUUGUCAUGAUUUCUGCUUCCCCUCGAUUCGUGAACGAUGUUGAUUACAAAGGUGGAUUCGAGCAAGAAGACCUAAACCAGCUUUUUGAAGCGAUGCGAAGCAACUAUAAAGCGUGGUGCUUAGGUUUCGCUCCAUUGGUGGUAGGUGGAGACUUAGACUCAGUAGCCGUUCAAGAAUUCAGCAGGACGCUCUUCAACAUGCGUCCAGACAUAGCUCUCUGCGUGGCUCAUACAAUUUUCCAUAGCGACAUGAGACAAAUCUUACCUUUUGUCUCUGUCCCUUGUCACAUCGUCCAAAGCCUUAAUGAUUUAGCUGUACCGGUCGCUGUAUCCGAGUAUCUUCACACCAAUCUCGGGUCUGAAUCCGUCGUCGAGGUUAUGUCUUCAGAUGGUCAUCUACCUCAGCUUAGCUCGCCGGAAUCUGUUAUUCCCGUUAUCCUCCGUCACAUCCGCUACGACAUUUCUGUAAAUUAA